CCUUCAUUCCAGUGUUCACCCUCUUGUCCCCUCGUUUCUCUCCCCCUCCUUUCGUCACCUACACGGGGUCUUUCGACUGUCACUCUCUCAAAUCACGCUCACUCUCAACGCUCGCUCGCUCGCACUUGUGGCCUCGCCCUUCUUCUUAGGGUCGUCGCACUCAGCCAUUCCUUUUUUUCUGUUUUUUAAACCUUGACAAAAAAAAAUCCACAAGCUGCGGAUUCCGCUCCUUUUCUUGGCUUUCCUGCUACUCGUAGUCAGGACUAACCAGCACAUUCAUUUCCCUUGGACCCCGUUUGGUGUGUGUGUGUUGAUCGCAUUCGUUUCUCGCCUCGAAUCUUUGGGCAAACUCGUAGGAGGAUCGACAAGACGAAAAGCCGAAUUCGCCAACUUCUGGUAUCAUCGUAACGGUUUUCCAGCCUCCCGCUUCCUCGCAACAAGACCUUCCGACUAGCGUCUUUACGACAUCGUCUUACACCGCGCAUCGCUUCGCAAAUACAUCGCGUAUCAAACUUUCGACGUCAACACGAGUAGAUCAAUCAGCUUGUCGUAGUAGAAACGUACUCUGUGACAGUAUAAGAAAAGGAAUCAGCAACUUCGUCGCCAAAUUAGCCAACCUGACACACGGAUAUCUGUCUAAGCCGUAGAAACGCACUCACUCAACACAUUCCGAACCUGGACUCUGCCGGUGGUGCUGGACAUCGACGACGGAAUAUCGUAGGAUCUCUGUGUUGUAGCAGCCUCGAGUCAGCAUUGCUGAGGAUCAUCCCCGAAUUCUCUUAGACAUUGCCGAGCCCGGUCGAAAAAAACAUCGCCAACUCUCUCACCGAGCCACCGCCGAAGCCUCCACCAUUGAAAUCCGUCACGUGUCUAGGAAACCAACUCCCAGCCACUGGAAAGCACAAAAGCUGACGGAAGAAAAUCACCUGGAAGGAUCAAACUUUUUGUCGUCAUUCCGAACAGAUUUGCAGGACCCUUUUGUCUCUGACAUCUGACCCUGAUUUCCUUGUUGAAGAGUCCAAAAGAAGAAGUCACAGGUGAGUCGGGUUACACCUGCUCCUUCCUUCCUUCUCUCCAUCACCAACUUCACCGACGACCCAAUCAGCGCCUCGCUUAACCCAUCGCACCUUCCCUUCACUUUCUGUUGCUUCCUGCCCUACUCCUUCCUCAGUGAAUAGCAGCCGGGUCUCCAUUUCACCCACUCGUCGCAUCUCUUCUCUGCCUGAGAAACUUUCUCACCCACAACACACAACACACCACACUACACCUCGACGGAAAACUCACAAAUAUCAUUUGCGCAAAGCUGACCUUCUCAAAGAUCUCUCAUUCUCCAGCCUUCCUUCAAGAAUCCAACUGGGCUUGGACUUUCUUCAGAUCUUUUUCAAGACCAGCAAACGGACUUGUCUUUCAGUUGAAUUUUCAUACUUUGAUACCCAUUCAACCCUUGUAUCGCCUUAUCUCACCUCACCCUUCACAUCUCAUCACCACAACCUUCCCCUCGACAAUAUUCAUCAAUCGCCACGAUGAAGUUGUCCAACACCCAGGCUCUGGCUCUUGUCAGCGCCCUCAUCAACAGCGCUGAGGCCUUCUGGCGUAUGGAGUGCCCUGGCCGCGUUGGCCUUGCUCGUGUCGACCCUCUCAUGUCCUUUGGAGGCGCCGCUCCUCACGUUCACGCUAUUCACGGUUCCGGCGGCAUCUCUCCUACCGCCGACUUUGGCGACCUUACCGCCAGCGACUGCACUUCCUGCCGUGUCAAGCAGGACAAGUCGGCCUACUGGCACCCGGCCCUGUACUUCCAGGACUCUGCCACUGGCGAGUUCGAGCUUGUUGAUCAAGUUGGAGGAUUGCUUGCGUACUACCUUCUUAAUGGAAAGGAUAUCAAGGCAUUCCCCCCUGGCUUCCGCAUGAUUGCUGGCGACACCAACCGCCGCAACUACACUGCUGGAGACCCUUCCAAGCCCGACCCCCAGAAGUCCGAGUGGGCUAUCCUCGGCCAGACUGACCAGUCUGUUCUUCGUCAGCGUGCCAUUGGCUUCAACUGCCUCAACUAUGGCCGUGACCCCGAGGGCACCCUCUACCGUCACUUCCUUCCCGACAAGACUUAUCUCGAUGCCAACUGCGCUAAUGGCGUCCGGUUCGAGAUGAUGUUCCCUUCGUGCUGGAACGGAAAGGAUGUCGACUCCACUGAUCACAAGUCUCACAUGGCCUACCCUGACCUUGUCAUUGAUGGUACCUGCCCUGAUGGAUUCGAGACCUCGACCCCCAACCUUCUGUACGAGGUCAUCUGGAACACCUACGCCUUCAAGGACCGCUCUGGCCGCUUCGUCAUUGCCAACGGUGAUACUCAGGGAUAUGGAUACCACGCCGACUUCAUUUCCGGUUGGGAUGAGGACUUCCUCCAGUCUGCCGUCGAUACCUGCACCAACCUGUCCGGUCGCAUCGAGGACUGCGCCGUCUUCAGUCUCCAGGACGAGGCCACUUCCAAGCAGUGCGAGAUGAAGAUUCCCGACCUCGUUGCCAAGGACAACGUCACCGGCCCCGAUGCUCAGCUUCCUGGAAACUGCCCCAUCACCUACGCUGACGGCUCGUCCGAGGGCGGCAACGCCGACCCUGUGAGCUCCACCUCCACCAUUGCGGCUCCCACUGUACCCACUCUCACCUACAAGCCUGGCAAGACCGCUACCUCCAACCCUCUCCCUGGUGAAGUGUUCAAGGAGACUGGCAAGAUUCCCUACGGCUCAUCCAGCUCUGUCUCCGAGACGGUUGCUGCUGAGGCCGUGGCCACCCCUACUCCUGAGCCCACUCCCACUCCUGAGCUCACUCCCACCCCGGUCUUUGAGCCCAUCACCACUUCUACUCCGGCCAGCUCCUCUGCUCCGGGUAUGUCUUGCGUGUCUACUCAGACCAUCACUGCGGUCAAUACCGUUUCCAUCAUUUGCUGGGAGGAGGAUAUUGUCUACGUCACUGAGUACGAGGAUAUCACGUCUACCCUGACUGUGACUCCUACUCCGUCGGCCUCGGCUCCCGCCAUGCGCGCCAAGCGUCACCUUCACCAGCACCGUCAUCACCACGUUUAGGUGAUGAAGACGUGUUUUCUCAAUUUCUGGAGUUGAUACUCCCUCUUGUAUCUGGGUGCGAAAAAAAAUCAGGGUUGCGGACGUCGUUUUUAAGGGACGCCACAUCGGGAUGUGGUGGUCUUUUUCUCUCUAUCCAGUGGAAAACCUAGCCCAUUGAGAUGAUUUGGCUUCCCAUUGGUUCUCUCGCAUCUUGCUCAAGAACAUUCUCGUUGUCUGGACAUUCUGAGCAGACGGACACUUUUUUUCUUCUUGGUGGUAGCUAGCAAGGUUCGGGCACGGUAUGGCCUGCGUCAUGAGUUUACGGCAAUCAUUAGGAGGCAAAUCAUCAAGUUGAGUUGGUCCUUAAAAUGUUUCUUCUUUUCAUGGUAGUCCGAGUGAGGCGGGCGUCGUAAGGAGGGGGUUGCAUUUGCAUCGCAUUGAUUGCGUCCAUGUUGUAGGCG